AUGGCUCCGCGGAGGUCCAAACCCGCUCCGCCGCCCCAGCCGACGCGCACCUUGGUCAUUGACAACGGCGCCCACACCCUCAAGGCCGGCUUUGUCACGGCCGACGCCAUCGACGAGCCCACCGUCGUCCCCAAUUGCAUCGCCCGCGACAGGGCCAGGAAGACCUAUGUCGCGUCCGACCUUUCCAAAUGCAAGGACUUUGGCGACAUCUCCUUCCGCCGGCCAGUCGACAAGGGCUUCAUCGUCAACUGGGAGGCCCAGAAGGAGGUCUGGGACCACGAGUUCUUCGCCAACGACGCGCCCCUCAGGUGCGAUCCUGCCGAGACCAGGCUCAUCCUGACCGAGCAGCCAAACUCCAUUCCUGCCCUGCAGACAAACUGCGACCAGAUGGUAUUCGAGGAGUUCGGCUUUGCCAGCUACUAUCGCGGCAUAGCGCCGACCUUCAAUGCAUACCAUGACGUCCAGGCCAUCUUCCGAACCCCCGAACGCGACCCGGACGCCAUGAGCAAGCUGCCCGCCGAGCUGAUCCUCCUCAUCGACUCGGGAUACUCCUUCACCACAGUCACUCCAAUCUUCCAGGGCCGCCCCCUACAAUCCGCCAUCCGCCGGCUCGAUGUGGGCGGCAAGUUCCUGACAAACUACCUGACCCGUCUCCUCUCCCUUAGGCACUACGACAUGCGCAACGACUCCUACAUAGUCAACGAGAUCAAAGAGAAGGCAUGCUACGUCUCGCUGGACUUCAAGGGCGACCUGGAAAAGACCUGGAAGGGGACCCGCGGCGAGAGGCGAGAGCCCUUCGUCACAGGAGCAGGCAUCGCCAAGGACUACGUCCUGCCCGACUUCCACACCCGCUCCGCCGGCAUCGUGCGCGACUUCGACCCCACCACCACCGCCAAGCAGCGCAAGCUGGCAGCCGCCGCCUCCAACGAGGACGUCCUGACCCUGCGCAACGAGCGCUUCGUCAUCCCCGAGCUCUUCUUCAACCCCUCCGACGUUGGCAUGCAGGUGCCGGGCCUCGCCGACCUGGUGAAACAGUCCCUGGACGAGCUGCCCGUCGGCCUGUGGCCGGGCCUCCUGGCCAAUAUCGUCGUCGUCGGCGGCAACGCACACUUCGACGGCUUCAUCCAGCGCCUGCAAAAGGAGAUUGUGCAGCGUGUGCCAGACGAGUCCAUAGUCCGGGUUGCCAGGCCUGCUGACCCCAUCUGCAACACCUGGCUGGGUGCUGCCAACUUUGCGAGGCAUCAGCAUGUCGAGAAGCUCGCAGUCACCAAGCAGGAGUACGAGGAGAACGGGGCGGCGUGGGUUGCCCGGAAGUUCGCCGUCGGCCUGGGUCAAGACUGA